AUGGACUCCUCCGAAGUGCGGCCCAAAGAGGGCACUAUUAGCAGUAUCAAUCCAAACUAUACUGGCUUUGACUACAUCAGCUGGUACGUUGGUAAUGCACGUCAAGCAGCUACCUACUUUGUCGCCCACUUUGGCUUCAAGAUCAAUGCCUACUGUGGGCCGGAAACAGGGUCGUACCUGACAUCUUCCUAUGUUGUCUCCAAUGGCAAUGCCAGAUUUGUGUUUACCUGCCCAAUCACUGGGCCCGACAACACAUCUGAGACGCGCGCUUCCGAAGAUGAUCGCAGGUUCUUAAAUGAGAUAUAUGCCCAUCUAACAAAACAUGGUGACGGGGUCAAGGAUAUCGCCUUCCAGGUCGAUGAUGUGACGGGCGCAUGGGAACAUGCUAUUGAGAAUGGGGCAACUUCUAUUCAGAAACCGACAUUGAUGCAUGAUGAAGAUGGAGCCGUGCUCUGCGCGACAAUCAAGACCUACGGAGACACAGCUCAUUCAUUGAUCAACCGUCUUGAGUACCGGGGGGUGUUUCUCCCGGGUUUCCAUCCUGUGACGAAUAUGGACCGUUUGAAUGAGCAGUUGCCCAAAGUGGACCUGAUUGAAAUCGACCACUGCGUGGGAAAUCAGCCAUGGAACGGGCUGGAUGAUAUGGUGAAAUAUUAUGAAAAUGCCUUGAAUUUCCACCGAUAUUGGUCCGUAGAUGACAAAGACAUGUGUUCAGAGUACUCUGCCCUGCGCUCUGUUGUGGUCGCUUCACCGAAUGAAGUCAUCAAAAUGCCGAUGAACGAGCCAGCAGCAGGUCUGAAAAAGUCCCAGAUUGAGGAAUUUGUCGAGUACUACAAUGGGGCAGGCUGUCAACAUAUUGCCUUUCGAACGAACAAUAUCAUCGAGGUAGUGGAAAGCCUGAUGAAACGUGGAGUAGACUUUCUCUCGGUGCCUGAAAGUUAUUACAUUGAUAUUCGCGAACGGUUGGGAUCCAAGAGUAUCAGUAUUGCGGAGGAUAUCAAGCUUCUGGAGAUGUACAACAUUCUGAUCGAUUUUGAUGAAGGUGGAUAUCUUCUGCAAAUAUUCACAAAACACGUUGUCAAUCGUCCCACCGUGUUUAUGGAAAUCAUCCAGAGGGAGAAUUUUGAUGGAUUCGGGGCUGGGAACUUUAAGAGUUUGUUCGAGGCUUUUGAGAGAGAGCAGGCAUUGCGUGGUAAUUUGUAG